AUGGACCGCAUCAACCGUAUGCUACAGGCCGCUCAAGGCAUUGGAAUGGGAGGUGGUGCUCCUGGUGGGGAUACCCCGAACUUGAUCGACAAUUCCGAAACCGUUCACAUUUCCUCCCUAGCACUACUGAAGAUGUUGCGACACGGUCGUGCGGGUGUGCCAAUGGAGGUCAUGGGGCUCAUGCUUGGCGAAUUUGUGGAUGAGUACACUGUACGGGUGGUAGAUGUGUUCGCCAUGCCACAAAGUGGUACCGGUGUCAGUGUCGAGGCUGUGGAUCCUGUGUUUCAGACUAAGAUGAUGGAAAUGCUCCGGCAAACUGGACGACCAGAGACUGUCGUUGGCUGGUACCAUUCGCAUCCUGGCUUUGGAUGCUGGCUUUCGUCGGUCGAUAUCAACACGCAGCAGUCUUUUGAACAGCUUACUCCCCGCGCCGUCGCCGUCGUCGUUGACCCUAUUCAAUCCGUGAAGGGAAAGGUGGUCAUUGAUGCAUUCCGUCUCAUUCAACCGCAGACCGUUGUGAUGGGCCAAGAGCCCCGCCAAACGACGUCAAACUUGGGCCACUUGAACAAGCCCUCCAUUCAGGCUCUCAUCCACGGACUGAACCGCCACUACUACAGCAUUGCUAUCGAUUAUCGAAAGACAGGUCUGGAGGAGAACAUGCUUAUGAACCUCCACAAGCAUGUAUGGACCGAGGCUUUGCAGAUGAAUGACUUCCAUGAGGAGGGCAAACACAAUGUGGAGCAGAUGAAACAGCUCGUCAGCCUUGCCGAGGGCUACGAGAAGCGAGUGAAGGAAGAGACCGAGCUUACAAAGGAGCAAUUGAAGACGAGAUAUGUCGGAAAGGUCGACCCUAAGAAGCAUAUCGAGGACGUCAGUCAAAAAUUGAUCGAAGACAAUAUUGUGGCGGUGUCGAGGCAAAUGAUCGAUAAGGAAGCCUCAGUCGCUCAGCAGUCAGCGAGCAAGGACGCCGGAAACGGUACUUCCAUGGAGGUUGAUGAGGAUCUCUAG